AUGAGCAAACGGAAAGAACCAAAUAUUCUUAUUACUGGCACCCCAGGUACGGGGAAAUCUACCUUGGCUAGUGAAGUAUCCAGACGAACCAGUUUGAAUUUUCUCAGUGUGAAUGACGUUGCGGCUGAGUUUGAGCUCUAUGAUGGAUACGAUGAUCAAAAUGAGUGCUACAUUUUGGACGACGACAGGGUUAUAGAUCAAAUGGAGCCACAAAUGUACUCUGGAGGACAGAUAGUUGAGUAUCAUUCGUGUGAUUAUUUCCCAGAACGCUGGUUUGACGCAGUUUUCGUCCUAAGAACAUCAAAUGAAUUUCUUUAUCCUCGUUUAAAGCAAAGAAAUUAUUCCGACAAAAAGAUAGCUGAUCUCAUUCAUUGUGAAAUCGUUCAAGUAAGCAUUUUUCAUUAUUUACUCGUGAAUUCUUAA